CAUAUCGCACACUGUUUUACGCAUUGCGUUUGUGCAUGUUUGUGCACCAGUGUCUAUCGUUAAAUGCAGCAGUUUUACCAAGACAGAAAAAAGCUAAAGUUAUAUAAGAUAACGGGCAGUGAACGAACAUGUUUGAUAAAGGAAGAGCUCUGCAUCAAUUUUAGAUAACGUUGAACUACUGCAGAAAAACGAUUGCUUCACUUGUCAGUCACUUCUGAACGUUGCAUUGAAUUGCAUAUAUAAAGCAAUAUAUUUUAUUUAAAUUAUAACGUUAUCUAAAUUACUGUUUGCAAAUAACAAAUUUACAAAUAAUUUAAUAUUUUCUGUUGACAAGUUGUUACUGUGUUGUAAUAUUAAGUUUUUUCAAUGGAAACUAUUCGAUAGUAUUUAACAACGGAAAUCAUUGUAUUUCGUACACUUUAAAUGUUAUUAGAUAUCUAUAUACGUGUAAAAUAUCUGAGAUUUUCAUAAUUACACAGGUUGAAAAAAAGUUUACAAUAAUUACGAGACCGGCAGGAUGUCUAAUAGCAGGAGUGAAGUUGAUCCUUUCAGCGAGAUACCGAUGGAAUUCCAAAGUUGCGAAGGAGUUACACAGGUUGCUGCAGAAUCACAAUCAAAAACUGAAACAUGGAAUGUAACAAAUGAACCAGUAUAUGCAGAACCUUUAACGCCAGAACAAGUACGAUGGUUUUAUAGAGAUGGUGUUGAUAAAAGAUGGGUAGAAUUCUGUGGAUAUGACAGUUUAAGAAUUGAAAAUGCUUGGAGAAAUUAUCAAAAUUUGCUUAGCAAAUGUGAUAAUACAAUUCAGAAUACUCUUCCUGUUGAAAAGAUUGUAGUUAAAGGAGGAAUGUAUGAUGUGGAACUUGAUAAAAUGAAAUGUGUUUCUAUUUACUGCCCAGGUGAAGAAUGGGAAAUUAUGAGAGGUACUUGGUAUUAUGAUGGUAGUUGGAUACCUCUAGAAUUAGAACAAUCUAAAGUUAUAGAAGAAGUACAUCUUAAUCUCUUUCAAAAGCAACCUCCGGAUCAAUUUAGUUCAGGAUGCGAUACAUCUUCUCAAUCUUACAAAAUAUUACACACAGAACAUUUCCCUGAGUUCCAUGUUGAUUGGCAUAGCAUAAAUGAUGUGAUAUUGUACAGUGAAUAUAGACACAGUAAAUUAAUGCGUAGUGUUACAUCAAAGCUGGGCUUUGCAAAAACAACAGGUUAUCAGCUAAGAAGGGGCUAUAAAGUUGGUGCAGUAAUGGAAGAUAAACCUAAUGAUAUUAAUCAUCUAGUAUUUGUAGUCCAUGGAAUUGGUCAGAAAAGAGAUACUGGAAAAAUUAUACGUAAUACGACAUCGUUUAGAGAUUGUGUAGAUUGGUUAAAACAAAAAUAUUUUCCUAAUUCUAAUAAUAGAGUAGAAUUUUUCCCCGUUGAAUGGCGUUCUUCGUUAAAGCUUGAUGGUGAUAUAGUAGAUGCUAUCACGCCAUAUAGCGUAUUAAGUAUACGACAUUUACUAAAUACAUCGGCGAUGGAUAUUCUUUAUUAUACAAGUCCUCUUUAUGGCGGAGAAGUAAGAGCUGGUUUACAAAGAGAGUUAAAUAGGUUGUACUUUAUGUUUGCAAGUCGACAUCCUGGGUGGAAGGGAAAAGUGUCAAUUUUAGCACAUUCCUUAGGAUGUGUGAUUGUUUAUGAUAUUGUCACAGGUUGGAUGGGUCCAGAUACCAGACCUCCAUCUCCGGAAACACAAGAAAUUUUAAUGCAACGAUUACAGUUUCCUAUUGAAAAUUUGUUUUGUUUGGGUUCCCCGUUAUCUGUAUUUCUUGCGCUACGUACCCGUACGCCAUCUAAUAAAACAGAUGUAAUGCCGCAAGGUUUAUGUAAAAGAUUUUACAACAUAUUUCAUUGGUCCGAUCCUGUAGCUUAUAGAAUGGAACCUCUUCUAGAAAGAGGUUACAGCAAAAUUGAACCUGUUCUUAUUCCACCGUACGGAGGAGUUGAGCGCCAACAAACGGAACAAGUACCACCUCCAACAGUGAGUAGUGCUGAAGAAAAUUUUUCUCCUACAGAAAACGACGAAAGAGAAGAAGUUCCAGUAGAUAUAUCUAAUCGCGCUGUAGAUAAGGGUUGGAGUCUUUGGGGUUUAGUGCGAGCCGGUUGGAAUGCCAAAGAGGGUGUUUCUUCACCAAUUCAACCAGGUCAAGAAUUAGCGCAGCGAUUGGAUUACGUACUUCGAGCAAGUUUAGGAAGAAAUUAUUUAUACACAGUAGCAGCGCAUACAACAUACUGGAGUAAUUACGACGUAGCUUACUUUGUGUUGACAAAACUUUUCCCAACGUUAGAAACAUGAUGUUGGUUUGUAUAUUUAGUAUGGAAUUUUAUUAGGUUCUAUUGAAGUUUACUAGUCGGAUGUAGGCCUUCAAAAUCGAAUGUUAAAAACAGGCCUACCAUCAAAACAAUCUGUGAUAAUGAAAAAAAAAACGAUACAAUAAUGUAAUAGAUUCUAUGUAAUCGUUUUAUAUUGCUCGCAUAAUUUAAGAUUAAUGUGGUCGAGUUUCACAGUUUAAAAAUUACAUAUUUUUAUAUAUUUUAUGAGAUAACUUGUUUACAUUUAAUGUGUUAAUAUAAUUACAGAAGUAAUCUCAUCUUUACUUACUAAUUUUUGAUGAAAAGAAUAAAUUUUGCAAUUUAUGUUGAAUAUGAUAACAUUUGUCUAGAAUCUUACAUUGAAAAAUUGUAAUUUAUUUUUCUCAGUUAUAAUAUUAAUUUCGCGAUGUCAACAAUAAGUAUAAUGCUGUAAUAUAAAUAUCUUAUUACAGUAUACAACAUAUUAAAAUUAUGAUCGCGUUAUAUAUAAAGAUUACAAAAAAAAAAUUAUUAAUAAUAAUUGAUAAUUUAGAGUAACCAAUUCGUGCCGUAAUAAAAUUAAAAGAUGUCUUUUUGUAUUACGCAGCGCAAGUAUUUUUUGCAAAAAGUUGUUAAUAUACGGCUGUAAUAUGUGUAUGUUUUAUUACAUACAUAUGUUGUUAUACAGAUUUUAUUUUGUUACAAAUAUUCAUAUAUUUUAUUAAUAUCAGUAUAUAUGUAUGUACAUGUAUAUAGGAAAGAUAGGAAAAAAAGAUACAUCAAAUUAAUUUGAUUUGUUCGAAACUAAAAUUCAUAUUCACCAAAUGUUUCUUUUAUUUAACAUACUAAUAUUCCAUUUUAUUAUAAAAAGUGAAACUCGUCCUCCAUCCUGAAAGUUUACUGGAAAUACGGUAAAGAACAACUUAAUUAUAUCGACCAAGAGCAGUGCGCAAAUCAAAUAAAAUAUCGAUAUUUGUCUUGUGCAGUUAUCUUUGAAUCUAUUAAAUGACAAAGUUUUCCAUUAAAGUUAUCUUAUAGGUAUAUUUUGUCAAUGCUAAUUGUAACAGUAUUGUUAUCGUUAUUAGUUUUAGCAACAAUUUUUGAUAUGUACAAACUUUUGUUAUAACUAAUUGUAAUUUUUGUGUUAUCAACUUUCACAAGAUUCUGUUUUCAUGUACUGCUUUAUAACAUUUUUUUUUAAUUUUCUAUUUGACAAAAAUGUUUCUUCUAUUAAUUUUUUACUUAGCUACAAAAUUAUAAACAGUGUAAUACAGCAAGUACGUAUAUGUAUAUUACUUUGUAAUAUUUAGUUCGAAAUAACAUAUUAAUGUAGUAUAUACAUUGGUAGGUGCUAAGAAUUUGUUGAACUAUUUAUAAAUUGAAAAAUCCGUCAAUAUAUUCAAAUUUUGAUGGUUUUAUUAUAUUUAUAGAACCGACUAAAUUGGUGCUGUCCAUAUCUAGAUUCUUUUCAUGGUUUUAUCUACUCUUAUGCGCUAUUAGUAGAAACAGAAAACAUAUCAUUGCUGAAAAUAGUUAUGUUUAGUAUAAUAAUACAUAUUUCUCACGGAUGAAGUGAUAUCUGCCAGUUAUAAUAUACUACAGUAACAGCUACAAAAGAGUAGAAGAAGUAGUUUAUUGUGUUUCAUAACUAAUAAUAAGUUGGGCAGCACAGUAUUAAAUAGUACUUUAGAAAACUUGUAUACAAAUGUGUUCACAUUACAAUGUUACAAAUUGAAACGAUCAGUUGAUAGAAAAUUUAAUAACAAUGCACUUCUUAAUGAUUAUUAUAUAAAAUAAGGAGCUUUGUCCAUAAUAUACAAUUUGGUAGUAUGACAAUAAUACUAAAGAAUUUCUCAAAUUACCAUUAUAUCGAAUUUUAAAAACAGAGCACGUAAUAAUACGCGUGUAGGAAACAUUUUUUGAAUUACUAGCGCAAAAGACGUGUAAAUUGAAACUAAAAUAUUGCUAAUAAAGUAUAUACAUUGUUAUAUUAAUAAAGUCUCAAGUUUAAUGUUUUAAUAAGAUAUUUAAUAAUAACUUCAAAUUCAUAUGAAACCAGAGUUAUUAGAAUAUUUCAUUAAAACUUAUUUAACUUUAGGAAUUCAUUCAACAGAAUUCUCAUCAGUCUUUCUUAAAUUCAAAAUUUAGUACCAUAUACAUCUUAUAUGAAUAUAUUAUAACAUGAAUAUGUAUGUUAAUAACAACUUUUACCGUAAUAAAAGAGACAUUGUAUGCAUUCCUACAUA